ACGAACGGCCGCGACAGCUCGGCUCGGGCCGACAGACGCGUCCGCGACACCAAGUAGGAAAGUACCGUUUUCUCUCCGCGCAAAGAGAAUCUCGAACAGCGGCACUAUACGACGAGACGACGGCUAUCAUAUAUACCUAUUGCUCUUUAUUAUUAUUUUAUAUAUCAUUCGUCGACUUUUCCUCGACUUCACAUCGAGUUUCUAUAAACAUUUCUGGAAAUUACAACGUUAUUUGGAAACAUUUCGAAGGAACAGUGUACUAAAGUGAUACAAAACAGUGUGUUCCUACGACUCAACCAACAUUGUUAAUUUCUUUGAAAUCUCUCAAGAGAGAGAGAUCAGUGUUUCUUUGUUCAUAGUGUAAUCCGAAGGUGAAUUACGAAGGGGAAAUAUCGUAAUUAAUUCUACGUCAUCUUUCUUUGGGAUAAUAGAAUUUCGAAGAUCGUUUGUUUCAUAUCGUUGGAUAUUAUUCUAUAAAAGGUUUAUUUCUUUUAAAAGUUUAUACAUCGCAGGAAUUAAGAUAUUAACGAUCUUCGUGAAGUCUAUUUUGAUUCGUUCAGUUCGAAGAACGAUCCUGAAAGAAGAGUCCACUCGGAGAAUAGUUUAAUCUUUUCACUUGCGAUUGUUGUAAGGUGUACGGUGAGAGAGAGAGAGAGAGAGAGAGAGAGUGAGAGGCGCGCUUAGGUCGAAGAUCGACGGCCGACGGUGCGCCGUUGAUAUGCGGAACGUCUCAAAUCUCUUAGCAUCGUGAUUUUUUCGAGUGAAGACUCCUGGAAAAAGCUAGACCAAAUGAGAGGUCUGGCAAGGCACACUCCAGGUGAGAGAAGCACGGGAUGGAUCCAUGGGACAAGGCUUAUUUCGUUGGACAACUUUGAAAAGUACCGAACGAAAUCUGAAAACGAUCGAGUCUGAUCGUCUUGUCGAUGUCGCAACUUAACUAUCAUCGGAAUUCUCAUCGUAAAUCUUUUUUCAUUGUGAAUUCAUCGUAAAAUAUCAUCAAUUGGAUCCUGUCUACGUUCUAUCUACGAUUUAUCCAAGAGAAAUCGUUUUCGUUGGAUCCAAAAGGGAUUAGCGUGUGAGACAAGUCGCCAAUAAAAAAAAAAAAAAAAAAGUUCAAGUGCUAAAGUGGAUGUGGUGGCCGUGCGACGAAUUGGUGGAAGGUGGUUGUUGUGGACGACAUCAACGACGACGACGCCGACGAAAGUGCAAGUGUUCACGUUCCUUUUGCGGUUGUUGUUAUUGUUAUCGUUAUUUCGUUGUUCUCAUUGUUGAGUCCAAGUGGCCGUACUGACGGUGCUCGUCCUCGUUCACGUUUUUACGAUGGUUUCCAAGUCAUUUAUGACCCUGGUGUUCCUCGUGUGCCUACAAACGGUUUUACUCUCCACCGUGAGCAACUGCGCGAAGGCGAUCAGCUUAUAUUGGAACACCACGAAUUCGAUAUUUCGAAUAGACAACACGGAUCAUAUAAUAGACGUGAACAAGAACAACGCGGUGUUUGAGUACGAUCAAGUGAACAUAAUUUGUCCGAUGUAUAAAUUGGGCACAUAUGAUCCGGAGAAAUAUCUCAUUUACAACGUGUCCAAGGAGGAGUACGAGACGUGUCGAAUAACAAACCCAAAUCCUCGCUUAAUAGCAAUUUGCGACAAACCAUACGAGGAUAAGUACUACACGAUCACCUUCAGGCCGUUCACGCCGCAACCGGGGGGCCUCGAGUUCCUGCCUGGCCACGAUUACUACUUCAUCAGCACCUCGUCCAAGGAAGAUCUACAUAAGCGUAUCGGCGGACGAUGCACCUCCGACAACAUGAAGGUUGUCUUCAAGGUUUGCUGCAGCAACGACACCUCCUCCUCAUCCGCCACGUCUCGCAACAACUCCGUAGCCGUGACCAGCAGCACCGUGCCCAGCAGCAGCUCAACGAGCACCGCGGUUUUGGGCGGAGGAGCUGGUGGUAUGAUGCCACCACCACCGCCACCGAGCGUCCUCAAGGGUGGAGAACGAUUCUACCCGGGAGGCAACAUUCAUCAUCAUCGCGAUCAUCAUCAACCGGCUACGGUGAUGCCGACCCAUGUUCCCCCUUCAGCGUUGUACCCUGUACAUCCGCAUCAGCCACAGCCUCCGAUUCACAAUGGACCCCCGUCUGUCUCCUCGCCGCCAAAGACCUCGAUUGGACAGAAGAAAAAGAAUAAGGAAUACUCCGAUCAUCCUAAUGAGGUGGUGAAGAACGAAGAACUAACGUACAACGGCGCGACGUCGUAUGGGUUCGGGCAGGUCCUGUUCCUGAUGGUCUCUAGCGUUUUGAUAAGUGUUCUCAUGCCGCAAUUGCUGCGGUGAAGCGACGACAUUACCAACGAAGAGCGUAUCCCAUGCGUCGAACCCCUUCUUCUGUGAUUAUCCUACGUUUAAUUAAUUUCUUGAGGCACGCAGCGCCUCUAUCGUGCGCUGCAGGCCCUCGAUCGUGGGACACGCGCGCAGAUCAACCAUCAUUCGGUUUGACCCGAGACCGAAUACUGAGAAGGAAAGAAAAGAUAUCUAUUAGAUACUGCUGGUAAGAAGGUAUAGAUAUAUAUACAGAUGGACCUAGAAAGACUACGUGUCUGAAUAAAAGACUCGUGGCAAAGCCAUAUUAAUUACUAAUAAAAAGGAAAGACAAGCGGGAUGGCGUAUAGAUGUCGAGAUGGUCAAACAAGACGACGAACGACGAAGAAAGAUGAAGGAGAGCGAAGAAAAAAAAAAUGUUGAAAAAAAAAAGAUGAAGAAAAAGAAAAGAAGUAACAAGGAGAAACGCUGCUACUAGAUACUAUUAUAGUACGCCCACUAUUAUCACUACUAUAAAUGGUAGUCGUAUUGGUUGUCCUUCGUAUCGUUACGCUAAUUCUAGGUAUUUAUUCGAAAUACAAGAGAGCGUGAUAAAAGAGAGAGAGAGAGAGAGCGAGUGUAUGAAAGUAAUGUGUGACGCGUGAGAAAAGUUGUGUGCGAGUAGCGUGUUAAAUAUCUUCGAAGCGAAUAACGUUAGCCGCGCAUACGAGUUAUAAUCUAGCCAGAAAAACAAACGAACCUUCGUCGAAUCGACGGAAGACGAAACUUAAACGAUUUUUCUCGACAAGAACAAUGAGAUUAUCCAUCGUUGAAGAACUAACGUUGAAUCGUUCUAACGGUGAAUCGUUCCAGCUCGUUUCCCGUUUGAAUCGUCCUGCGCGUUUACCUGUACAUUCGUUGACCCACGAUAAUUAACACGCCUGUAAAUAAAUUCCUAACAAAUAUGUACAAGUGACUCCAGCGGCUUCUUCGAGCUGCAAGGAGAUUUAGGAGAGUGCCGUAUACUAGACGAAUCUUAUAUAUGACGCACGAGAGAGAGAGAGAGAGAGAGAGAGAGAGAGAAAGAAAGAAAGAAAGAUAGAAUGCGUAAAUUCCCACCAAAACGUAAAGACCCGUUUGCGAAAUUUAUACAACAAAAACGCGAGAACGAUCCAUCGUCGAUAUUGAAAAUUACACAAAAUCGAGCGACAGUUCAAUGGAUUUAUCCCGAUCAUGUGCAUCGAUUCAAAUUUGACAAAUCGGCGAUUGUCGACUAUCUCUUCUCGCCUCGAUCGUGGCAAAAAAUAUAUAUUAUCCGUGCGAGAGAGAGAGAGAGAGAGAGUGAGAGAGCGAGAGAAAGAGAGAGAGAGAGAGAGAGAGAGAGAGAGAGAGAGAGAAAGCGCCAAUGAGAUAAUUCUCUGUGAGUGCGUGAAAAUUGCGAGAAUGUGAAAAUUUGUAUAAUACCUGUACCAUAUUGAACUCUAUCUAUAGAUCUGUAUUAUAUUUAUUAUCCGCUAUUAUUACACUACGAAUAUUCAAUCGAUAUUCUAUAUUUACUAGUAAAAUAUUAAAUUUAAUAGCGAAUAAAUUGCGUAUCGACGGUGGGAGACAAAGGGAAACAGAGAAAGAAAGACAGAAAAAGAAGGCUUAUGAGAAAGGAGAACAAUGAAGACUCGAGGCCUCUUAUUCUCAACGUACGGCUAAGCUCUCGUCGCAUUUGUUGUUCUUUUUUUUUUUUUAUACUAUCCGUUAUAUCGGAUCUAUGAGUAAGCAUUAUCUAUUCGCGAAUUUAAUCGAUUGGGCCGUUCGAUCGUCUUCUUUCCUUUUUUCUUUGUAUCUUGCAUUAUCUUUUUGUUCUCUUUCUGUUAUUUUUGUAAUUCUAUUUAUUGUCCGUCGUUUCACACGCCACACUUACGCAUAAUACCUACAUUGAUAUACACGACACGCGGCACAUUACACACAUUAUACACAAUUACAGCGUGAGUUGUCGCGAAAACCGCGAUAAUUCGAGAAUGCAAGAGAAUAUAAGCGCGGACGAAUUUUCGUUUCGCAUUCGCCAUUGAGAGAUGUUUAGAUUUAAUGAAUUAUUAUUGUAAAUAUGUGUAUGCGAAAGAAUAUCGUAUGAUAAUGAUCAUGAUGAUAAGACGAUGCUGUUAACGCUGGAGAAAAGAGGGAAUUUGCGAAAGAAUCGAAAAAGACCGAGAGAACGAAAGAGGACGAGAGAGAGAGAGAGAGAGAGAGAGAGAGAUAUCCUUCUUAUUCCGAAUCGUAGAUAAAGAAAAAAUGAUAGAGAGGAUCCUUGAACGCAUAGGCCGCUCGAUCGACCAAUCGUUUUCGUCUUUCGUCAAACGGAUCGUCGUCCUUCCUGCACCGACCUAGAAAAGAACGAAAACAAUGAAUAAGAUCGGCCAAAAGCGAAACAAAGCGAAAGAAAAGAAAUAACUAAAACGCGUGUUUAAUGUUAUCCACUACAGUAUUGUUAAGCCUAAGUAUUACAUGCCUACGAUCCACGUCUGUUUGUCUGUCUGUCUGUUCGCGUGUCUGUUUACCGUUUGUAUACUUUUUCCUCAUACGUUAUUAAUCGCAAUAGCAUAUCACAAUAAAUAUUACGAUGAUGACGUUUUACGAACAUCAAUAGGAGACGAUUUUAUCGGCCGCAUUAACGAUUCGUCGAAAGUUUUGUUUCUGACGUUAAUCCGUUUAUU